AUGCAUUCCUCGCCUGUCCUCCAGUCCCCUCCUCUGGAGCCCGCCACUCGGCCUCACUUGCUGGCCGAGUUCAGCAUGAAAGACAAAGUCGUUGUGAUUAGUGGUGGUGGAAGAGGAUUGGGCCUUGUCCAGGCCGAGGCGCUGCUUGAAGCAGGUGCCGUGGUGCACUGCGUUGACAGACUGCCCGAUCCAACUUCGGAUCCCGAGUCCGAGUUCGCUCGCGUUGCCAAGCGUGCCAAGGAGGAGCUCAACUCCAGCCUGAGUUAUCACGAGCUCGAUAUUCGCAACGUGCCGGAGCUGAACAAAAUCUUUGAGGGCAUUGCAGAUGAGAGAGGUCGCCUGGAUGGCUGCCUUGUCGCCGCCGGAAUAAACUACGAGACCCCAGCUCUCGACUACCCCCCUGAUGAAGUCGACCGAAUGAUGAGCAUCAACGUCUCGGGCGCCUUCAUGACCUCCCAAGCUGCCGCGCGCCAGAUGGUUCGGCUCAAGCAACCCGGAAGCAUCUGCAUGAUUGCUAGCAUGAGCGGUACCAUUGCCAACCGCGGCAUGUUUGCCCCAGCAUACAAUGCCUCCAAGGCCGGUGUUAUCCAGUUGGCCCGGAGCUUGGCUGCUGAAUGGGGCCCGUACAACAUUCGUGUUAACACCCUCUCUCCCGGCUACAUCCUGACUCAGAUGCUGCUGAAUCUGUUUGACGACUAUCCCGAGCGAAAAGAGCAGUGGCCCAAGGAGAACAUGCUUCAGCGAUUCAGCGUUCCCAAGGAGUACCGCGGUGCCGCCGUCUUCCUCCUCAGCGACGCCAGCAGCUUCAUGACGGGCAGCGACCUUCGCAUUGACGGUGGACACGCCGCCUGGUAA